UCCCUCUCCCCCCCCCCUCGCUCGCUCGCUCGCUCGCUGUACUGUCUCCCCACGCCCUCGUGGUCGUACACCAAACCCGACCAACCCGUGCGGACCGGCGGAGAAGCUUCGCGAGGUCGAUGCGCGCUACCUAGGGUUAGGGUUUUUCCGCUCCUCCUCACCCAUGGACGCGGGCCCCGUCGCCGAGAUGCUCUCCCCCGGCGAGGCCGACUGGCCCCCGGAGCUGCGCCUCCCGCCGCCGCCUCCCAUGCCCGACCCCGCGCCUCCCAACCGCCCCGCGCCUCCCGCGCCGUCUCCAGCGCCCCGCGUCACCGCCUGGCUGCAGGCCCCCGCCGCGUCGCCGCCCAAGGCGGAGCCGUCCUUCGACGACUCCCACUUCCUCGGGUCGAUGAUGGACGCCGCCGCGGCCCCGCUCAACCAGCAACCGCCACCGCCACCGCCGCAACCCGCCGCGCCCGCGGAGCCGGUGGUCGUGAAGCGGAAGCGAGGGAGGCCGCGGAAGGUCAGGGACGGAGACGCUGCGGCCGCGCCCGCGCCGCCCAAGCCGGUGGUGAAGAAGGCCGACGAGGAGGUGGUGUGCUUCAUCUGCUUCGACGGGGGCAGCCUCGUCGUCUGCGACCGGAGGGGCUGCUCCAAGGUCUACCAUCCUGCCUGCAUCAAGCGCGACGAGUCCUUCUUCCGCCUGCGCGGCAAGUGGAACUGCGGCUGGCACAUUUGCAGCAGCUGCGAAAAGGCGGUACAGUUCAUGUGCUAUACCUGUACUUACUCCCUCUGCAAAGGAUGCGUCAAUGAGGGCAAAUACUUUGGUGUUAGAGGCAACAAGGGCUUCUGUGACACUUGCUAUGCCACUAUAUUGCUGAUAGAAUCCAAAGACGAAGAUGCUACAAAGGUUAAAGUUGAUUUUGAUGAUAAAAAUAGUUGGGAAUAUCUAUUCAAGUUAUAUUGGCUGGAGCUGAAAGGGAAGCAUUUAUUAACAUUGGAAGAACUAAUCAGUGCCAAAAGCAGUUGGACUGUUCCAAGCAUUUCCGCUAGAAGAGUAAAAGACGAAUCAUCUGGUGAACAAUAUGAUGCGAACUAUGAUCAUGAUGCCAGUUCUGAUAGUGCUUCAAGGAAACGUACACGGGGUGCUUCUGUAAGGACAAGGGGACGGAAGCGUCAAAGCCAUGGUGUGGUUACUGCAAGGAAAUGUGAAAUUUCAGUUAAAGGUUCUGAAAGCUUAACCAAGGUGGUGCCAGUUGAAGGGAUGGACUUAUCGGGUGACUCCAAAUGGGCCUCAUCGGAGCUGCUGGAAUUUGUUGGGCACAUGAGAAAUGGUGAUAAGUCUCGGAUUUCCCAAUUUGAUGUUCAGGUUCUUUUGCUCGAGUAUAUAAAGCAAAGUAACCUUCGUGACUCUCGCAGAAAAAGUCAAAUUAUUUGUGAUGAAAGGCUUAGCAGUCUUUUUAGGAAACCAUGUGUUGGUCAUUUUGAGAUGUUGAAGCUUUUGGACAUGCAUUUUCAUGUGAAAGAGACUCCAACAGUAAAUGAUGAUAGCCAAAGACCCCGUGAUCCAGAUUCAGCUCAUGUAGAUAGCGGAGGAUACAGUGAGAUGGCAACUAAACUAAGCUCUGAUAAGAGGAGGAAGACUAAUAAGAAGCUUGAAAGAGAUCCACCAGCUAAUGUAGAGGAUUAUGCAGCCAUUGAUGUGCAUAAUAUCAAUUUAAUUUACUUGCGGCGCAGCUUGAUGGAGGAGAUUAUUGAUGAUGUUGCUUCAUUCUCUGAGAAAAUUACCGGUGCUUUUGUGAGGAUAAGGAUUUCAGGUGCCGGUCAAAAGCAAGAUAUGUAUCGUCUAGUCAAAGUAGUUGGUACACAUAAAGUUUCUGAACGGUAUAGUGUUGGUAAGAAGAUGACAGACCGUGCACUUGAGAUAUCAAAUUUAGACAAGAAGGAGGUUAUUACUAUGGAUACAAUCUCAAAUCAGGAUUUUACUGAGGAGGAAUGCAAACGCUUACGCCAAAGUAUGAAGUAUGGUCUAAUUCCUCGACUUAAAGUGGGAGACAUCUGUGAGAAAGCUAAAAUGUUCCAAUCUCUGCAAAUCAAUGAUUGGUUGAAAAAUGAAAAGCAGAGGCUGAGUCAUCUCCGUGACCGUGCUAGUGAAACUGGACGCAGGAAAGAACUCAGAGAGUGUGUAGAGAAGUUGCAACUUCUAAACACUCCUGAAGAAAGAGAACGCAGGAUUAAUGAAAUUCCAGAAGUACAUGUUGACCCCCAUAUGGAUCCUAAUUAUGAAUCUGCUGAAGAAUGGAAUGACAAAACUACUGUUGAUUGGACUAUAAAUAGGAAUGGAUCCGAUCUUCAUUUUCCUGGAAGAAAAGGAGCAGAAUCGAACUCUGUGCAGUUCCCACCACAGAAAUGUUCCGAUGCUAGUCGUCAGACUAGUUUGAAUCCACCUACAGAGGGUAUAACACAUAAACCAGGAGUAGGAAGUAACUUGAACUUGCAAUCAGCAAAUGGAUGGAAUAUUUCUCGGCCUCGCAUUGAUUUAAACAACACGGCGGGUGAAGCUGCAUCAGUUUCAUCAUCUGGAGUUGUAUCAAGUGAUGUGGAGCCAGAAAAAGUAUGGCACUACAAGGACCCUUCUGGAAAUGUUCAAGGUCCGUUUACUCUUUCACAGCUUUCCAAGUGGACUACUUAUUUCCCAGGUGACAUGAAAAUAUGGCUCACAUUUGAGAGUGAAGAGAACUCACUGUUGCUGACUGAAGUGCUCUCAAAACAGCAGAAAGAUUCCACUCAACCUACGCCAGUCGUUAACAGUAAUAAAUCCACAUGGGCUGGCCCUGGGAAAGAUAGUAGUAACUCAAGUAUGGCUGAAAACAUCACUUCUCCUGUUGGUUAUAACGUUGUCUACUCUUCUGGAUUGCCUAGCCAGUCUGCUGACCUUUAUCAUGGAAGAGAAAAUCCGAAGUUUCUGGGUGAAGCUUUGCCAGCGAGAACAGACUUUGGACCUCUGAAGAACUAUUCAUGCACCAUUCCAUCUUCUGAUGGUUCAUAUGGACCACCAGGAUCUCAUGGUGAUGGGGUCCCCCGAGAAAAGAGUGGGGAACACAACAAUCAUCAAGAAACUAGUGGUAUGUGGAGUCCAACCACACCACAGAAGAUUCAUAGCAAUCAUAUUACCAUGAAGCCUGAUCCUGGUGUGUGUACUACCCAGAAGCAAUUGCAAAAUGAUUCAAAAGGUAAUUCACUAUCAGGAUUUGUGGAAAACUUGAAUACACCGAAGGUUUUUGGUUCACAGAAAGUACCAAUUCCUACUCCACCUACUGCUCAUGAUGAAAUUCAAUCUUCAAUUGCUUCAGCAAAUCCUGGGAGCUGUUCUCCAAUGAAUCCUAGUCAGUCGGGGGCUCCAUUUACAUGUACUUCUAGUUCAAGCAAGACCGAGGAGACCAUGAAUCAGCGGAAAACAUGUCCGCCUGAUGCAUUAAACGUGUCUGUUAACCAACUUCCUGGGCCUAAAAUUGAUCCAGUGUUAUCCCCUCACACUCAGGAUCAAUGUCCCAGUCCAACUCCAAAACUUGAGAGGAAGCAGACUUCCAUGAACAAGUCACGGUCAACAUCUGUAGCACCUAAAGAUUCAGCUAUGAAGGCAUCUGACCACUCUUCGAUACCUUUCGUAUCAGAAAUAUCUGGUCCACCUUCUAGUAAAAUAUUUGGCUUGCAAUCACUCAAGGAGACACAAACAUCACGUGUAGAAGAAAAAGAUCUAAAAGAUGGAGGCUCCGUUGCUCAAACAGAGCAACUAAAAGGAGAGGCUGCAUCAGCUAAGAUACAGAACGGAAUUGUUAGUUCUGUCUCUGAUGUUGAAGCAAUUGCUGUGUCUGAUGUGUUGGGAUCUUCAACAGUACAACACCGUGGAACUUAUAAUAUGUAUGGAGCAACACCUUCGGAAAAUAUCAUGCCAGCUUCAGCCGAGGAAGAAAGGCCGCAGUGCUCUAGCCCUAUUGCGCUAUCUCCGUGGGGUGAACCAGGUUACUAUCAAGGUGAAGCUGUUGAUUCUGCUCUGUGGGGUGUUCAAGAUGACCCAAGCAGUGACAUGUGGUCGUUGUCUUCACCAACACCAGCUCUCCAACCUUCAUCAGAUCUUGGAGCUCACGAAAAAGAUACUUCAUGCAUUAUAGAAGCGGUGAUAGUAGCCCAAGGAAAUAGUGCUGUUGUUCAAAUGCCAACAUCAGAGGGGGAGAAGACUGAAAAAGGCAACCCAAGUGCUUCAACAGCUUGUGGAGUGCCGGAGCAGGUAAAACUAAAACAAAAUGCUGCAUGGAGCUCAUCUUUCAAGAGCACGGAAGCUUCAGGCGAGCAGACAUUAGGAUCAUCUUUAGAGGGGAGUAAAGAAGCUUCAGGUAGGCAGCCAUCACACUCAUCUCUGGAGGGGAUGACAAAAGCUUCGGGCAGGCAACCGUCGAGUUCAUUCCUAGAGAGGAUCCUAGAGAGGAGCCCAAAAGCUUCAGGCGGGCAACAAGCAGGCUCAUUCGUAGAAAGGAGCGCAAAAGCUUCAGGCGGGCAACAGGCAGGCUCAUUCGUAGAAAGGAGCACAAAGGCUUCAGGCUGGCAACCGUGGGAUUCAUCUCUAGAUGGAAGUGCUAAAGCUUCAGGUUGGGGUUCACCUCUUGAGGGAAGCACGAAGGCUUCAGGUUGGGGUUCAUCUCUUGAGGGAAGCACAAAAUCUUCAGGUUGGGGUUCAUCUGUAGAGGGAAGCACAAAAGCUUCUGGUUGGCUACGAUCAAGUUCAUCUCCGGAGGGGAGAAAAACUCCAGGCUGGCUUUCAUCAGCUCGUGAGAGCUCAAAGGUGAAUUCCACGAGUGCUAGCCUGAACCGCAACUCUUCUUCAAGUCACCAAACAACAGCACCAACAGUUAAAAGCUCUUCAGAAACACCAAGGAGACAGGGGAACACCAAUUCAAAUUCUUCUGGCUGGGGUGAGGCACCAGGGAACAAGAGCUGGCAUCCAUCUUCUGGUAAUGCUAGUCGAGGCAGCAAGUCGAGUCAGCACCAUGAUAGGUACUCUCAGGGCAAUGAAUCACGGAGGGGUAGCUAUCAGGGCAGCGAAUCACGGAGGGGUACCUAUCAGGGCAGCGAAUCACGACGAGGUAGCUCAAACCACCCUAGGAGGUCUGACCAUCGUCAAGAUCAUGGCAGUGGCGUGUCAUCAAGAUCAUCGUCAAGAGGGCAGCCCCAACGAGGAAUAUGCAAAUAUUAUGAGAGUGGCCAGUGCAGGAAGGGGUCAUCUUGCUAUUACGUUCACCCCCGUUGAUCUUCGUGGUAGGAAACACAUCGUGAAGUUACCACGUCUUACCUCACAUUUUUUGUAUAGCCUGAUAAGUUCACUUCGUAGUCAGCUUAGAAGAGAGCUCUUGGCGCCACUCAGAUGCUAGUAAAUACAUCCGUCGGCACAUGAGUAUGAUUGGAGCAGCAUUUUAAGCUUAAAAAGCCACUGAUGAUGCACUACGUGGAUAUAGAUUCCCCGUUUUGCAGUA